AUGCAAUCGUCGGAUGAAACACGGAAGCUGUUGGAUGAGCAAACAAGUCAGUCUGGUGAAGCACAGCAGGAGUUUAUAGCGUGGGAAAAGAAUAUUUCGACUGUCCGGAUGGGACUUAUCGUCGUCACGCUUGUUUUACUGAGUGUUCAGUUCUUGUUGCUGCAGUUUGGCGAAAGUAUCGCGCUACUUUGCGCAGCGCAAGUUGGGCUUAGAGUGCAUAAGCCGCCGCGGACAGUGUUUCUUGAUAAGGACUGGGGUCCUGCGACCAAGGUUCUAGGUGCUUUGCUGCUGGAGCAUGACCCGAAUACCGUGAUUAUAACGCUCGAUGAUGACAUAUUCUACAACAAGCGUACAGUCGAAUGGCUCGCUACUCACAUUGAUGACAAGGAUAUGGCGCUUUCGUUUGGUUGCGAGAUGUGGAACAACCAGCACAGCAACUUCAAGUCGUUCACGACUUACUCCUUCUCCAACAUAUUUGUCACCACUCCGCGUGUUUGCAACGGCUGGCUAGUUGGUUGGACGGCUGUAGCUCAUCGUGUUAGCAAUUUCGGAGAGGAUGUCUGGAUGUAUCUGGAUAGACUCCCUCGGGGAUGUUUCUAUAAUGAUGAUAUCUGGAUGUCUGGAUAUGUUGGCAGACGGGGUAUACGUAAGGUCUAUGCUCCCUGGGUGGUUUAUCAUGCGCAUCAUCGUCGCGAUAAGGACUUGAGCCUGAGCACCAUCGAAGGCACCCGCGAGCGGAACGCUUUCCCGUGUGCGGUUGACUUUUUCGGUUGA